UUUCUCUUGAUCCAAAGAAAGCUCGCCCACAGCGAAGCCCUAGCCUAGGAGUGAGAGGUCCCACGUCUUCCCCAGCGCCGCCACCGUGAGCGAUGCCCUGCCGAUCCCCAUCUCCGCGGCUGCGCCUCCGUCCUCCCCGCCACACCUCUCGCCGCCAGCUCGUCCACCAUAGUUGCCUUCCAUCCCGCCAUAGCGCCGCCGCCUCGCCGUCCACUCAACCGCUAGCUGGUCCGCAUCGGAAUCGGAAUCGGAAUCGGAAUCUGUGAUGGUUCGAAUCCGAUCUUGCGGCGCCCUGCCGACCGAUUCGGUUUCCGUCGGCGAGGGCUUGCUUAAAUCCGCGGUCCAGCGAGAAACGCAGAUCGUGGGAAGAAGAGAAGAGCCUUGACGGAUCCACGAAUUUGGGGGGAAGAAAUCCCUAAUUCCAUUCGAUUUCAUUCGUACUUGUGUUGUUCGGCUCCUUGCGCGCAUCCAUGGGUAUCUCGGAUUGGUCCAGUCUCCCCAAAGACAUCGUGAUCGUCGUCAUGGGGAAGCUGGAGAUCCCCGACCUUCUCAGCGCCGGGGCCGUCUGCGCCUCAUGGCGCGCCGCCUGCACGGCCGUCCGCCGUGUCCGCUUCCCAAUCACGGACAAGUCGCCUUGCCUGCUCUACUCCUGUGAGGCGGAUGAUCCAGAUCUCGCCACGUUCUACAGCCCCAGCAACAAUGCUACCUUCAAGGUCCGCCUGCCCGGCCCGCCGUUCCGCCGCCGCUACACGGUCGGCUCCGACCACGGCUGGAUCGUCACCGCCGACGAGCUCUCCAACCUGCAGGUGAUCAACCCGCUAUCAGGCGUCCAGAUCGAUCUCCCGCCCGUCACGGAGCUCUACAACGUCGAGAGCUUCACCGACGAGCAAGGGAGCCUCAUGUACAACAAUUACGAGGAUUCGAUGCACCGCGAUGAUCCUCUUGGGUUUCCCGUGCCGUAUCCUCCACAGAGAUUACGCCUUUUCUUGUACUUCCGGGUGAUCCUCUCCUGCAGCCCAUCCGCCGGGAGCGAGUGCGUCGUCCUCCUCCUGCACAGCCCGGACGGGCAGCUCUCCUUCGCCCGCAUCGGCGACCAUAGUUGGACAAGGCUCACUGAUAUUGAAAAUCUCUGGGACAGAGGCUACAGAUGUGCAGUCUACAACAAGAAUGACGGGUUGUUCUACCUGUUACACUUUCAGGGCUCGAUCCAUACGCUAAAUCUGAAUGGACCCUCUCCCGUUGUAAACGAGAUUUUGAAAGGGGUCACUGCCUGGGAUAAUCCUACCAAAUCGAUCGUGAUGACACCCCGCGGCGAUAUGUUGCAAGUCUGGAGAUGCAGGGAGCUGUGUUGGAAUGAUGCUCCGGUUCAGUUUCCUUCGGAGGAUUCUGAAGAUGUUCAUGAUCCAUGUCAGGAGCUGUACACGGAUGAAAUGCUGCUGUACAAGGUUGAUUUCGAUGAUCAGAAGCUUGACAAGAUUGAUUCACUGAAAGAUUAUGUUUUGUUCCUGGGUUUCAAUUCCAGUAUCUGCCUUUCAGCUAAGGAAUUUCCAAAUUUAAGGCCAGGUUGUGCCUAUCUCGCAGAUGAUUCUUAUGAAGAGAUAGGUAUAAAUAAACAUACUCUGCGGGAGGUUGGCAUUUGGAACUUCAAGAGUGAGACUCUUGAAAGCCUCGGUGAUCCACAGUCUGUCCUUCCUUGGCUUAACUGGCCACCUCCAAUUUGGAUUACGCCCUCCAUUCUUUAGAAAGAAAGAGCUGAGUUAUUGUCAGGAGCUCCUAUUUAGAUGAAUUAUGUGUAUUGAUGGGAGCUCGAUCUCUGUUGUUUAAUACAAGAGGGCAAGAGCUGAGGAGCUCCAAUUUGUUCAAAUUCAACAUGUAGUAAUUUGUCCUGUUGGGACAAAUUCUUUCUGUAUUAGUUAGGUCAUCUUGUUUGAAUAACACCGUUGUUGGUUAGAAGCUCCUAUAUAGGUGACACCUUCAGCUAACUUAGGUGCCAGUGUUUAUUUUGAUACCUCUUUCUGAAGAAACAAGACGAUUGUUGUCAAUCCAGUGUUGCAGUUACAUAAAGUGUUUGGAGCUGCUAGCCUUUUUUUUUUCA